AUAAAAAUCUAAAAAAUAAAUAGGUUUUCCUGCACCUUUCGUGCUACUUGGGCACCUUCUCGGGUUUAGGUUUAGGUUUUAUUGACCCAGGUUGCUAUGGUUACGGAAGUGGUUCGGCACAGCUGAUAAGUCUGUAGAAACAUGGCUGUGCAGAGCUGGAGUGGAACCUUAAAAUCGUCGAGGAAAACAGCUUUGUUACAAGACGGAAAGAGGAAGAUUCACUACCUGUUUACAGAUGGACAAGAAAUGGUAGAGGAGUAUGAUUUGGAAACAGAUGAGCUCAUUGUUCGAAAGUGGCGUCAGAAAAGCAAAAUUGGAGGGCAGGGUCAAUGGCAGGUCGAGGUCGGGGAACAACUCGCAAGCCCUGUCCCAUCUCUGGACUCCAGCAUGAUCAAAGAGAACUGCUCCAAUCCUGUGUUCACGCGGAAAGACACAAAGAGCAGCUUCCAGUGGAGAGUCCGCAACCUUCCCUACCCCAAAGACGUCUUUGUUGUUUCUGCAGAGCCAUCUGAAAGAUGCAUCAUCAUUAAAACCACAAACAAAAAGUAUUAUAAGAAGUUCAGCAUUCCUGAUCUCGAGCGCAGCCAGCUGCCGUACGACGGCUCUGCCCUCGGCUUCACUCACGCCAACAACACUCUGAUUGUCAGUUACAAGAAACCCAAAGAGAUCUUAACUCUUGAGCAGGAGCUACUGAAGGAGCUGAAGAAACUGAAGGCAACCGGAGAAGGGGACGUGGACUGCAAAACCCAGUGAAAUGUGACUGUGGGAGUGAGAGAAAACGUCUGCGUUGCAUUUAAAUCAGAACCUCGCGGCCGAGGCUGGGCAAUAAUUCAACAACUGUGCAUGUCGCGAUGAAAGGUUCUUCAGUGUCCGUGUAACAAAGGCUCAGUAUAUAUUGACAUCAUGUUAGCGCGCUGUGCAGACAGACUUUCGGACGCAAAACGUCGUCGAUGUGAAUGUUUUUGCCUCAGCUUUUCGAACACAUAACCGUUUAACACGUCUAUUAUGAAGUUCUCAAUGGACAAGGUUUCUUCUACGGCAUAUUUAUCACACAGCAUCAUUUUCCAUUCAUUUUUUCAGUGCUUCGUCCAUUGCUUUUCCCAGUUUUUUUGUUUGUUUGCUUUGAAAUUUGUCCUCUAAAUAGUAAAAUAAUAUGUAACAAAUGUUUAUCUUCAAAGAGAUAUUUAUUAACAAACUAUUUUUUGUCACAGGGAAAAAUAACCAACUUUUACAAUAAAUUCCACAACAAAAAAAAAAAAUAUUUUCAUUGUAACACAACAGCAUCUAUUUUGUACUCGCUGCCACCAAAACCUACAAGGGAACCGUUUUGAUGGCGGGGUCACGUAACCUACCACCCUCCUUUCACUGAUGUCCUUGUAAAACACUCAAAACACACAAUGCCUCAUCCCUGUCCGUUCCGGGGUCACUGUUACGAGCACAUCCCGUCUGUGUUAACUGAAUAUCCUUAUGUUCCCUGCGUGGAGUGGGCCACCCUGAAAGCCAUUACUGAGACCAGUGUUACCAUUUCCCAUUAGAGGAGAGGGGUCACUCUGGCUCUGUGGGCUUCGGAUAAAACUCCCAGACACGCAGGUCUGAAAUAAGAGCAGCUGAUCUGAAGUUAUGUUCCAAAUGGAUCUGAGUUUCUCUUUCAAAAGUAUUUGUAUCAUCAGGAGCAAGAGAAAAAUACCUCAGGCAGGUGAACACACAAUUAAAUAUACACACACACACAGAUUGACAUGUAAUCCAUUCCCACAGACUGGCUCGGUACCAGCAGCAGGUGGGUCAUGGGAAAUGAUUUGGAGUUGAGUUCUUUUGUAGCCUUUUACUUGAGAUUUAUUAAACAAAACUUGUACAGAUCA